UUUCAGAUAAAAAAGAGGAGAGACAAAAAAGCCGUUGCCUGCCAUAGACAGACGGACGCAAAAUUUCAUUUUUCUUUCGUUUUUUAAAUGAAUAAAUUCUGAAUUUUACAUUCUCUCUUGAUAUAACAAAGAGAAUUUUUUCGUAUAUUUAUUUCAAUUUUGGAGAUAUUUUCCUGGAACAAAGAAAACGAAGGAAUCAAGAAGCAAUACUGGUCGGCUGACCAAUCAUUCCUUCCGAACACAAUCUAACUCAUUCGAAUAGCCUAGUCUCCCAGGAUGUGGGUACACGGCGACAAUCGCUCAAAAAUGGAAAAGCUCGAACGAUGAUGGGAGAGGAAAUACUAACGGAACGAAAUCAACUGUCGAGACAGGAUGCAUCUUGCUUCAGAAGUCCCCGCAGUCCACUUGGACGAACUGACGACGCAUUCUUCGAGUUGGACGAUGAUGAUGAUCUGUCCAGUCCAAGUGUACCUGGAUCCCCAGUUGAUCCACCCUCAAUAUCAGUACCUCUACCUCCGAAAUCAGCACCUCCUUGUCCUACUCAGCCAGCGCCUUUGACAAAUGGCGAUCUGUACCCUACUAUAUUAUCGAAUGGAACUCCGAUACCAAAUGGGCGAAUUACGCCAGCACUGUCUACAGUAUCAGUUAGCUUGAUUCAUGAAGCCCGUCUCCAACAAAGUCUCUCAACACCAUGUAACGGUUCAGAAGAAGAAAUGCAUAAUGGCCAAGUGAGGAAAGAAUCCGAGUAUCGCAGGUUUAAAUCAGAAGGAUCGACUGCCGGUGCAAGCCUACCCGCGGCCGAAAAAACGCAUAUGGACGAACUUUCCCCCGUAGAUCAGAGAUCUACGUCAGGGACGGCACGGUUUUUAAUUCAACAGGACUCUGUUGUGAAUCCGAGCACGAAAAUGUCGAAUACGGAACAGGUGGCAAUGAUGCACACGUUGAAGACGAAAUUGUCAAAGUAUCAGGCUAUGAUGGAUAAGGCUUUUGAGGAAAUUGCAAAAGUUGAGGAUGCUAAUAUUAUUGAGGGCUGCACAAUAGUUCGAAAAUUGAUGCGAAAAGUGUGGAACACGCCAAAAGUGUCAGCUGAUCUUGCGAAUGCACUAUGCGAUUAUCUUCGUGAUCGAGACUAUUUUGAUAAGCUUAUCAAAAUGUUCAUAAGCCCGAACACUGCCGCAUGUGAUCAAGUGAGAAUGGAAUGUGGAAAAGUGUUGGAAGAGUGUACGAGCAGUGCAAAUCUCGAGUAUAUCGUUAAUAAGUCUUACACCAAGAAAAUCAUGAUCGUCGCCAUGAAGUUGAAUAAGACCCCAGAUCAACAGAGGUUAAGCCUGAGUUUAAUUGGAAAUCUGUUCAAGCACAGUAACGCUGUUUCAUUGAGCCUAAUCGAGACUGACGUGAUUGACCAUAUCAUCCUGACAUUCAAGCGAGCUCCCGAAUGUCCCGACAUCCUUCGACACGCUGCUCUUGCGUUGGCCAACAUCCUACUUUAUACUUGUUUCGAAGGAAAAAAGAAGAUCAUACAAAAGAAGAUUCCCGAAUGGUUAUUUUUUCUUGCAAGUCAAGCUGAUGACGUCACGAGAUACUAUGCAUGUAUCGCGGUGUGCACAAUCGUCAGUGUCAAAGAGUUUGAGCCACUGGUCAGAAAAUCGGAUACGAUGAAGCUGGUGGAGCCAUUCUUGCAAGUUCACGAUCCGGCGACAUUUGCCAGGGAUUAUCAUAAAUAUGCACAAGGGAAUACGAAAGAAUGGCUCGAAAGACUGCUCCCAAUGCUUCAACCAUCUCGAAGACGGGAAGCUCGAAGUGUCGCCGCAUUUCAUUUCACACUUGAAGCAACUAUUAAGAAGGAGCAGAACAAGUUGGACGUUUUUCAGGAAAUCGGUGCAAUCCAAGCAUUAAAAGAAGUGGCCUCCUCUCCAGACGAGGUCGCUGCCAAGUUCGCCUCCGAAGCACUCACGGUUAUCGGCGAAGAGGUUCCCUAUAAACUCGCUCAACAAGUACCUGGCUGGACAUGCGCAGAUGUUCAAUAUUGGGUGAAGAAGAUUGGUUUUGAGGAGUACGUUGAGAAGUUCGCUAAACAAAUGGUCGAUGGAGAUCUUUUACUUCAAUUAACUGAGAAUGAUCUGAAGCAUGAUGUUGGAAUGAUCUCUGGACUUCAUCGAAAACGAUUCUUAAGAGAGCUUCAAACAUUAAAAGUUGCUGCUGAUUACUCAUCGGUUGACGAGUCGAAUUUGGACAACUUCUUGAUGGGAUUAAGUCCAGAACUUUCUGUUUACACCUACCAAAUGCUCACAAAUGGAGUCAACCGGUCUCUUCUCUCCUCACUCACCGACGAAAUGAUGCAAAACGCUUGUGGAAUCACGAACCCGAUUCAUCGACUCAAGUUGACACAAGCAUUUGAAACCGCAAAACAUCCGGAUGACGUGGAAGUUGCAAUGCUCUCCAAGCAAAUUGAUGUCUUCAUUUCAUACAGAAGAAGUACAGGAAACCAACUCGCAAGUCUCAUUAAAGUACUCCUCCAACUCCGCGGAUACAGAGUGUUCAUUGAUGUCGAUAAGUUGUAUGCUGGAAAAUUCGACAGCUCAUUGCUCAAGAACAUUCAAGCCGCCAAACAUUUCAUCCUUGUUCUCACACCAAACAGUUUGGAUAGACUUUUAAAUGAUGAUAACUGUGAGGAUUGGGUGCACAAAGAGCUGAAAUGUGCAUUUGAACACCAGAAGAACAUUAUUCCAAUCUUUGAUACUGCAUUCGAAUUCCCAACAAAAGAAGAUCAAAUUCCGAAUGAUAUUCGAAUGAUUACAAAGUAUAAUGGUGUUAAAUGGGUUCACGACUAUCAGGAUGCAUGUAUGGCAAAAGUUGUACGUUUUAUUACUGGAGAGUUGAACAGAACGACACCGACCACCAAAGAAAUGCCUUCUAUCUCCCGAAAAACUACCCAACAACGGUGGCAGACCACAAAUACAGUAAGCCGUACUGGGCCAUCCAGAAGCAUCGGUGGACCAAGAAUGGAACCUCCUACGCCAACGUUCUUUUCAGUUACACCAACUGGAUCACAAGAACGUGCAACAUCGACGAGAAGGAAAAUUCAGCCUUCUGCAUCCACAACUUCCGAUCGGAAUUAAGUCUCUUCUUUAAUCAAUACAUCAAGUGCCGGUUCAUUUUAUCCAUUUUCCAACAAAAAACCAAUUUUCUUCAACCAUCCCAAUAUCAAAUAUCAAACUCCCAAUGUCUUUCAAUCAUCCCACACGAAAGUUUUAAUGUAUUUGACCCUCAUUUUAAAUCAGUCAAAACCUCAAAAAAAGUGUUCCACAAAAAACUGGAAAUUCAAAGCGUAGAAUCUAUGAUUUCAACUGUCUCUCUCUCUUCCUCAUUUACCCAAUGCCCUGCCGUUUUCUGCAAAUAAUAAUAAUAAUUGUAAUAAUCUCUAUAAAUUAUGUGAUUGAUGUCUUUAUGAAACCAAAAAGAAAACUCUGAAACUUCACUUUCUUAUAAUCUUUCUGUUUAUAUAUUCCGAUCUCCAUCUGUUUCAUUCGUUUCACUUUUUCUGUUUUAUUUCCUGCAACGUGUAAUAGUCGAUCAACCCCCAACUCAGGAACCCAUCAAAUUCGAACCCUUUAACUCCCUCUUUAAAUUGAACUUUUUAUCUUAACAAUUACCGGGUCUAACACCCUUCCAGAUUUCUAAUGUUAUACCUAAUGAAUGUUUCGGAUUAUUA